AAUUCGGUCAUGCUGCCAAGCAAAGAAGAAGCUGUUCAUUCAGAAGUAGACUUCAAUUCCAGUUAGCCGACUAAACAACAACAGGCUGAUUUGGUCAGUUGUAGAAAAUCAAUCAUACGCCACAUGCGCAGUGGCGGGCGUGGUGAGAACUGUGCCAGGACUUUGACAGGCAACGAAUGGCAAGCAGAUGCCUCUUGAAAAGCGGUUAAAAUAAAUCCAUUAAAUAGUGAAUGUGCUAAAGCUGAAUUCAAUUCAAAGGCGUAACCACCUAAUCAGAUGAUAGUUGGUCAUAUAUGAAUGACAAGUGGCUAAUUGCGCAGACAGUUGUGUCUGUUUUUUUUUGUUUAUCGAUUUGUGUAUAACGACGAACUUGCACCCUAUAUGUAAGUACCGCAGGCAAAACAACCGAGCAGCCCUCACGCCCACCAAGUGGCUAAACUGGAAAAUAAUGCCAAGGUCCAAGAACCACAGGCAGUAAUAAACUAGGAUUCGGCAGCGGAAACCGUCGCGUAAACAAGAGUACAAUAUCAUGGAUGUUGGUGGCCAGGAUACCACCUAUGAGCCGCUGGACGGACGUGGUUCCGGGCGGUCGAGGAGCAGUCACUCGACAGCCGGAUCGGGACUGAGACGUCCAGGCAGCAUGGACAGCCCGGAGUUCGAUACCCGCGCACCCAAGGAUCAGAGGCACUCCGUCUACCUGGCUCUGCUGGCGGCGGGCAUUGGUUUUGUUUUGCCCUACAAUAGUUUCAUCAUAGCGGCGGACUACUGGCAGGCACGAUUCCCGGGUCGUCCAGUGGCCCUGGACAUGUCGAUGACGUACAUCUUCGUGGCCUUCGGCACCGUGCUGAUGAACAACAUAGUGCUAUCGGUGGCGCCGUUCCAGUCGCGGGUGCUCUUCGGUUACAUGAUAUCCUUCACCACACUGAUCUUCGUGGCGGUGUGCGAGGUGGCCUGGCACAUGUUCGCCACCAAUACCGCCUAUCUGGUGAAUAUGUCUGCGGUGGCGCUAACCGCCAUCGGAUGCACCGUGCAGCAGUCCAGCUUCUAUGGAUUCGCCUCCAUGCUGCCCAAGCAGUACACCCAGGCGGUGAUGGCCGGCGAGAGUAUCGCCGGCUUUCUGGUGUCUUCCAAUCGAGUCGUUACCAAACUGCUGAUCAACAACGAUCGCGUGUCCACGGUGAUCUUCUUUCUGACCUCCACGCUCUACAUACUCUUCAGCUACCUGUUGCACGUGGCCACCAUUAACUCGCCGUUUGUGCGGUUCCAUGUGGAGGCCUGCUCCAAGAUCGUUUUGCGGCCGGAUGAGCAGGAGAUUGAUGGAGUUCCAAGUAGCACUCGAUAUGGGGUGCUCUCGAUGGACGGAACCCACACCACGACCACUUCGGUGGGACCUCCGGGCACUGGAAAUACCCUUAGUUUUAGCAAUCCCGUCUACGAGCUAUCCAAUCCAUCUGCCGGCGAGAGCAGCAUUGAAGCCCUCGGACAGCUGCCCGAGCUUCCGGCCACGCCCCCCGCUCAGGAGCCCACAACGCCCACGACGGUGGCCUUCAAGGUGGAACACGUCAUCACCCCACGUCGUUGCCGGCCCAGUAAGUUGGGUGACAUCCGCGAGGGAUUCGUGACCCGAUGGCGGGUGGCCCAGGUGAUCUACCCGCACAUGGUGUGCAUCGCAUUGGCUUACUGCGUGACCCUCUCGUUGUAUCCGGGAAUCGAGGUUGAAGUGCAAUCCUGUGCCCUUCGCUCCUGGAUGCCCGUGCUGCUGAUGUUCUGCUUUAACACGUCGGACGUGGUGGGCAAGAUCCUGGCCGCCAGUCCCUAUCCAUGGUCGCGCCGCCAAUUGAUCCUGCUGUCGGGUCUAAGGAUUGUGCUGGUGCCGCUUCUGCUCCUCUGCUGUGCUCCCCGCCAGCGUCCCGUGAUCUCCGGCGAAACGGCGCCCUUUGUCUUCACCAUCGCCUUGGGCAUCACGAAUGGACUGGCGGGCAGCCUGCCCAUGAUGUUGGCGCCGGCAAAGGUGCCAGGAACACUCAAGGAGGUCACUGGCAACAUAAUGACCUUGUCGUAUAAUGUUGGUCUCACUGUGGGUUCUCUGAUUGGAUACGUUUUCGAGAGCAUGCUGGGACCGCAGCUGGUGAAUCCAUGUCCCACAUAUCCCUACGUGCCCGCCUCGAUGCUGGAACAGUUCCAUGGCCACGGGCAUGGACAUGGCCAUCUUCCGCAUCCUCUGCCGCUGACUAGCACCAGUACGAUGAGUCCACCAACCACUGGGGCAACCACGCUGGCACCACUUCUGCUCAACACCACGCUGGCUACCCUUAGUAGCUCCAGUUCCACCACCAGCACAGCCAGUCCGGCCCUGGCCACCGUGAUCACCACCACAGCUCUGGCGCUCUACAGCACGGUGGCCAGCGGAAGUGCCGAGGUGAUCAACGCCACCAUAUCAUCAAUCCUGUCCACGGUAAGCAGCUCGGUGGGCGACAUCAGCGACGAGAUGACCACAGAUCCUCAGACGCCGGACGCACUGCUCGAAAAUAUCUAAGCGAUUUUUGAACUUGAAUACUUGAAGACUUGAAUAGAGUCCAUGCGACAUUCUACACAGCCAUAUCUACAUUAACAUGAUUCCGGUUACUUCAAUUCCAAAUCUUGAUAUUUAAAUAGAUUGCUGGAGGAGUUUUCGGUACGAUGGGAAAAGUGUGAAAAAUUUCGUAUUUGAAUAAUGGUUGCUCAAAAGAAGAGCAUCCACACUUAUCAACUUCACUGUUCGCCUUUUCUUGUCUGCGAACAAUAACUUUCACUAGGUACUAGACUAAUAAAAACAUAUUAUAUUUUCGCCGAAGAAUGGUACAUUGGCUAGUUAAUGAAUAAAACCAACUAAAAGUCUUAGCAAAACCGUUUAAAGCAAAUAAAGUAAUGCAUAUUUCAUGAUGAUCCAUUUUCUAGCUCAUUGAUGUGGCUAAUAAAAUACGUAAAAUGUCAUAUUUUCCGAAUAUAUAUUUAAAGCUCAAGAAAUAAACAUGUGAACGAUGAUUCCAAUUAGUAGCAAGCGCAAAUUCUAACUAUAGGCAAUACUACUCCUGUGUACUAAUUACUAUAUAUCUAUAACUAUAAACUGUAUAGGGUACUUGUGAUUUCGGUUUGAUUUCAGCUGUUCUAGGGCCUUAAGUCUAGAAACCAAAUAUUAAUCUCCGAAUACUCGUAUAUACUCAAAACAAGUGCUAUGGAUUUCAAAUUGCAAACCUGUUGACUUAGAUCAUAUGCUUAGUGUGAAUGGAUGGAAAAAUGCCUGUUUAUUUUUGUAAGAGUGAGAAUUGAUAGUUGCAUACAUAUGCAGAGAGUCAUAAUAAAUUUACAAAAUGAAACCACAUCUGUGGGGGAGUAAGAAAUAAUAUUUUAAUUUCUUGGUAAAUGAGUAUGUGCGUCAAAUGAAUGUCGGAUACCAUAAGUGUUGUAAGCAUUAUAAGCCAUCAAGUGCAAAAGCUGGUCUAAACAUAAUUUUUUGCUCUCACCUUUAUUAAUUUGGCUGAAUUGAUAGAAAGGUAAUGAAAACCCCUGUGUACCAUUUAGAAAAAAAUUAUAAAAUGGAAACAUUAAAUACAUGUUAAAUUGGACAUAUUUAAA